UGCACCCGAAAACAAAGUGUUUGGCCGGGGCUUUGGAGGAUGCUUGUCUUGGCGGACUCUGAUCAUCGGCUGUGUGUCAGCUGUGGCUGUGGGUGCAACCCCUGCCUGGGCGUGAAGCUCCCGGGUGAGAAGACAAGGCCAGGCGAGCCGGUGGCCGUGGGGCGAAGGCUUGGUCCAAGGCCAGGUGACUGCGUGUGCGUGCGUCGAACCUCCUACGUACGUGCGCUCGGCGUUUCAGGCCACGGCCGGACGCAUCCUUGGUGCUUGCGUCGGUGAAGGUGCGUGGGCGGGGUGGCCUCUCUGGAGCCGCACAGCUGGGCUUCAGUGGUGCCGACGGGCUCCCCGUCACCUCUGUGGUAUUUAUGGCUUUGUUAUUGGCUCCGCGGAAGGGCUGGUGGAAUAAAUAGCAAUAGUGCGGAGGCAUCCAGACAAGUUAGUUCAGUGGGCAGUUGGAAACACUGGGUGGUUCCUGGUCUUCAAACAUUGGUUUAAAGCCCUUGCGGAAAAAGAUGCUUUUUAACAAGCAAGCUACACCUGCCGCUUGAUAUUUGCCACGGCGUGAUAGUUGGAGCACCCGCCUUUUCCCUUCUAAUAAAACCACAUGGGUGUGACAUUUGCGGGAGUUAUUAAGUCAACUGAGUGUCAGGUCCACUCUCUGCUAAUGUGCAAAGUCAACCAAACCAAAUUUUAACUUCACAUUUUUUCUACAUAAAGGUCAGAACUUGCUUCUGAAAUGCUGGCUUACCAGUUGGCAGGCCUGGAGCCCGAGCCCGUUUCAUGAAGUUCUGGGUAUUGCAGAUUUGUUUACAGGAAUUUUUCUGGUAAUUUCCAGAUGUGUUGGACCGGAACUCCUGACAUUCCACAGCCAGCCAGGACUUGCAAUCUGACACACUUAGAAAGAACCAGGUUGCAAAAGAACAUUUUAAAAGAUCAUCUUGGCUGUUCGUCUGGACAGUCCCCUUCCUUUUCUUUCUCACUGUCAAACAAAAGCGUGGUUACUUUCCAGAUCUCAUUACACCCAUGUAGACAGGCGCAUGUGCCUGCAUGUUUGCGCACCUGUGUGUAUCCCUCUGAAUUCCAUAGACGGCAAGUGGAUUCGUGGCCUUUAUGCGCGCUGGACUGGAAACAAAAGCCUGCAGCAUAGCCUUACCCCGAGGAAGCAGACUUGGUAAGGCUCAGCCGCCUGGACAGCUGGACUGUCGCUCCAUAUGGCAUUCAUUGUGCGCUUAGGACCCCUCUCAUGGACGUGUUCAGGGCUUUUUCGCCACACGGUUACCCUCCAGGGACGCUUCCUUGAUCCGAGCCACUUUCUUGGUUUCUCUUCAAUCAAGGGAAGUCAGCUACCCAAAUGCAGACUAUAACGAGGGCCCGCUGCGUUGGAGCUGUACCACAGUUCCGCCUUGCGCUUGCCGAACAGAAUACAGAGAAGAGCAGAGACGAUUCCCAUGCAACAGAUGCAUUUCCCCCCUCCAGCAAAGAAAAUGGAAACCGAAGCCCCUGUUAAAGCAGCAGGUUAAACCAGUCCGGUGGGAAGCCCUUAGCAGCUCACAGGUGGCAGCUUUUCCCUUUCCCACGCUCCUGUAGACGGCCUUUGCUUUGCCUUCAAGGUUCAAGAUGGCUGCAAGACGUAGGACUGGAACAGGCUGCCCCCGGUGGCCUGCUUGCCCUACAGCAAGAUCCCCUCUCCCAUUCAGGGGCUGGAGUAGACCGAUCCCUGCCACUGUUUCGGAGUGACACCUUCAGUAUGACAUGGCAUCAGCUCCCCUCAGCCACAGACUUGACUGGGAACCUUAACGCUAACUUCUGUCUACUUUUAUCCAUUUGUGUGUCUGCAUCCUGCCCAUUUUCUUUCCCAGAAUGGUGCUCCGGGGGGCUUGCAGGGCCAGUGGGCUUCGGGGCCGCUGCGGUCUGAGCUUCCUAGGCUGCCCCUUCGCAGCUGAUCAUUUCUCUGUUUCUCAGAAAUGUUCCUUGUUUGGCUAUUGAUUCCCUCAGAGGAGGGGGGGGUCCAAUCUUCUCAGAGUUUUUUGUAAGCCAGCUAUCGCUGGGACAGGCGGGGUGUAGUCACCAUUCCAGAUUGCCUUCGGGGCAUCCCAGCUCUUUUUCACAUGAACAAAUCAUAGGUUCUUUUUAAAAUUAUAUUUAAAUCAAAUUAAUUAAUUAAUUUUUGAAUUAUAUUUUUCUUUGACCAUCCAAAAUGCAGUACUAAAAUGUGUAGAUACAAAUGCAAAAAUGCAUUGAUCAUAAAAAAAUACCAAAAAAACCUGGACUAUAAAAAAGGACUUCUGGUGCACCCCUCCACUGGGAUCUUGGCUACAGAGAGAUUAAUUACUCAAUUAUUCAGGUCUUUUUCACACGCUCAAGCCACAGGUGCUGUCUGUGUCUCCUCCUCCCCUGGCAGCCAGUGGCAACAGGCACUCAGAAUGCGGUGGGUGGAGGGCCCCCGUCCCGGGGCUGACGGCGUGUGGCAUGCGUCUCGCCGCCACGCUUGCCUGAGUGGUCCUCACAUGCCUCCCACACGCCAGACUCCCUCAGGGCGUGUUGGGCAGCCGUUGGCGAUGUGGCAUUUCAGUGUCGUCUUCUCUGCGUUGUUCCUGCCAUCUUUCCAAGACACGCACCUGACGCUGCUGAGCCUGGGAAGCGAUGUCUCUGCUCCGCCACAAGGCCAAAGGCCCCCGAGCCCUUGCUUGGACAAACCGUGCUUUCUCAGCACACGGAGCCUUCCAGACGUCUCUCCAACCCACCCAAGUUUUAUAGGUCACUCUGACGGCUCUGCAGGAGAAAUUGAAAACCAGCAGCAGCAUAAUGGCUUUUAUUAGGAUGGAUGAAAUGACCGCAAAGCUUUCAAGAGGUCAUUUACCUGUCCGACGUUCAGUAAAAGGGAAGAAAAAGUGGAUGUCGGGAGCAGGGAGGGAGGAAGGUAUCUUGGGGUAUGAAACAAGCCCUGAAGCGGUGGGUGUUCGCAGGCGUUGUUCAGCCAGCAGAAAGGAAUCAUCAGUGUAAUGUGUUCCCUUCCCCCUUGCAGCUCCAGAGCCCCCCACAUCUGUCCCAGGGAGGUGGGGGACCCCCCAGAGCAAAUCUGGGGCAUGCAGGUUGCCACAGGGAGAGGAGGAGAUGGCUGUGAUGUCCCUUCACGCAAGCCAGCUUCUCCCGCUCGAUCCCACUUUGGCUGUCCUCACUUGCCUGGGUGCAGGUCCCUUUCAACUCGGCACGGCUUCCUUGUUUGUAAACAGAUAGAGGAUCGGGACGGCUGUUGGGUUAAUUCUAGCUGGGUGGAAAAGAGAAGUCACGUUUCACCUUGGGACAGAGGCCAGCUCUGCCUUUAAAGCAUGAGUGCCAGUUGCAAUUUUGAUCCUCCUCAACAGACGUCAUUUUCCCUGAGCCCUGCGACAGGGUAUUCCUUGCUCUGGGCAGGCUGGCGGAUGUCGCUGCCCUGCCCAGAAAUUUGGCUGCAGACGCAUCUGGCAGACCGUCAGGAGCCCUCCCUGCGCCGGGCUUGGCUGUGGCCUGCUCGCCUGCACCGCCCUUCAGGGAACGUCCCUGGCGGUCCGCAUUGCCUCCACGGGCUCUGGGCUCUGCCCCGUCAUCACACGCUGUCUCCCCCUCGCUGUGCCGGCCCGGUGCCUCCACAGUUCCGUCCUAAGCGCCGUCUUGUUGCAGGGGUGAGAUUCCUCGGCGGGAGGCAGCCCCGCGUGCCAGGAGCACACCAGAAACUGGUGGAGUCGCUGGCCCAGCUGCAAGAAGAAAAGCUGCCGCUGCAGGAGGAACUUUCCACACAAGAGGACAGCCGGCAAACGCAGGCCGCACAGCUGCACAGCCAGGAAUCCCAGGUGGCUUACAAGGUUCACCGCCUCUCCGUUUUAUCCACACCACAACAACCCUGCGAGACGGAGAGCGUGAAGGACAGACGCUUGGAGCGGGCCCAGGAGAUGGACCGGCUGCAUUCCGUGCUGGGUGGAACAGACUUGGAGAAGCACCGGGACCAGCUGGUUGCAGAGAACAUGCGGCUGAAGCAAGAGGUGAAGGCAUGCAAGGCGCUGCUGCAGGAGUUCAGGAAGCAGCCGGCGAGAUGUGUGAACUGUGAGCACAGCCAGGAGAACGUGAAGCUGCAGGACCAGCUGGCACAGCUGGUGCGCGAGGCGGAGGAGGCGAAGGGGCGCCUGUCCGAGCUGGACCUGGAGGUGGAGCAGAAAACCAACCGCCUGGCCGAGGUGGAGCUGCGGCUGAAGGACUCUCUGGCCGAGAAGGCGGAGGAGGAGGAGCGCCUCAGCCGGCGGCUGCGGGACAGCCAGGAGACCAUCGCCAGCCUCAGGGCCCAGCCGCAGCAGAUCAAGUACGUCAUUCGAACGGUGGAAGUGGAAUCCUCCAAGACGAAGCAGGCCGUCUGCGAAGCCCAGUCCCGGAACCAGUACCUGCAGGACCAGGUGGGGAUGCAGAGGCAAGUCCUGAAGGAGAUGGAGCAGCAGCUGCAGAACGCACAGACGACAGCCGCUCAGCUCAGGGCACAGGUGCUGCUGUACGAGUCAGAGCUGGAGCGCACCCAAGAGCAGGUCCUGGAGGAGAUGCAGAGCUUGGAGGAGAGCAAGAACCAGGCCAUCGAGGAGGCCUUUGCCCGGGCCCAGGAGGAGAUGAAGGCCGUUCACGAGAACCUGGCAGGGGUGCGAACAAACCUGCUCACGCUGCAACCAGCGCUCCGCACCCUCACCAACGACUACAACGGCCUGAAGCGGCAGGUCCGAGAAUUUCCGGUACUCCUGCAAGAGGCCCUGCGGAGUGCCAAGGCCGAGAUCGGGCGUGCCAUCGCGGAGGUGAACAGUACCAACGAGGAGCUCCUGAGGAAAUACCGCAGGGAGCUGCAGCUCCGGAAGAAGUGCCACAACGAGCUUGUGCGGCUGAGAGGCAACAUCCGAGUGUUUGGUCGUGUCCGGCCAAUAAGUAAAGAGGAUGGAGAAGGGCCGGAAGUGGCCAACGCUGUGACCUUUGACCCGGACGACGAUGCGGUCCUGCACCUCACCCACAAAGGGAAGUUGAUCUCGUUUGAGCUGGACAAGGUCUUCCCCCCAGAGGCGACGCAGGAAGACGUCUUCCGCGAGGUGCGCGCCCUCGUCACCUCCUGCAUCGACGGCUACAACGUUUGCAUCUUUGCCUACGGACAGACGGGCGCCGGCAAGACCUACACCAUGGAGGGCGUUCCCGAGAACCCCGGAAUUAACCAGCGGGCCCUGCAGCUGCUCUUCUCGGAAGUGCAAGCGAAAGCCUUCGACUGGAACUACAGGAUCACCGUCAGUGUGGCGGAGAUCUACAACGAAGCCCUCCGGGACCUGCUGGGCAGGGAUCCCCAGGAGAAGCUGGACAUCAAGCUGUGUCCCGACGGCAGUGGGCAGCUGUACGUGCCGGGCCUGACGGAGUUCGCCGUGCACUGCGUGGAGGACAUCAACAAGGUCUUUGAGUUCGGCCACGUCAACCGAGCCACUGAGUGCACCCACCUGAACGAGCACAGCUCCCGGUCUCACGCCCUGCUCAUCAUCACCGUCCGGGGAGUUGAUUACAGCACGGGCAUAAGAACCACAGGGAAGCUGAACUUGGUAGACCUGGCAGGAUCAGAGCGCGUGGGGCGCUCGGGUGCAGAGGGGAGCCGGCUGCGUGAGGCUCAGUACAUCAACAAAUCGCUCUCAGCUCUGGGGGACGUGAUCUACGCCCUGCGCUCUCGCCAGGGCCACGUGCCGUUCCGCAACUCCAAGCUCACCUACCUGCUCCAGGACUCCCUCAGCGGGGACAGCAAGACCCUCAUGAUGGUUCAGGUCUCCCCUGCUGAGAAGAACACGAGCGAGACCCUCUGCUCCCUCAAGUUUGCUGAGAGGGUGCGCUCCGUCGAACUGGGCCUCGGCUCUCGGAGGGCAGAACCGGGCAGCUGGACCAGUCAAGAGCACUUGGAGACAGAGCCCCCGGCCCCUCUGCAGCCCUGCAUUCGCGCACAGUCGUCUCCUCGGAUGGGCCGAUCGAGUUCGCUCCGGGCCAAGCUCCAGAGUUCAGCUUGGAAUUAAGCGAUUCUCUGCCUGCCUCCAGGGAAGCUGAGACCGAUUCCUGUGUGACCGCAAUUGGACACGAGAAACCAGGUUGCCUGGGAGGAGUGCAGAACGCCCCGCUUGCUUUCACCACGGGACCACCCCGCAGCGGCUCACGCACGCGGGCCCAGGAGACGUGUCCAGGGCUUUUGUGGGGGCGCAGUCACAGGAGCAGCAGCCAAAGCGGGGCCGGCGCCCAUCGCUCCUCCUGGGCUAGGCUGAGGUCUCCACCAGACGCUCCAUCCAGGCCUCUCCUCAGCCAUACCUCACCUGCUGCUGGAAGCAGGUGCGGCUCUCCUUGGAUGCAGCUGGACUUCUGGAGAUGGUUCCUCUGCCCAAGGAUACGGGGCGAGUUUUAAUACAUUUUGAAAGGGAGAAUGGAGGUUGGGAACAGUCCUUCGCACCAUUGCUCUGGUUUUUAAAUGAAUAAAAACUCUCUGCACCGAGAGGCAGGCUUUCAGGCA